CACGGCGUUCAUAGCCAGCUCGCCGCGCCCUCCCUCCCCUUCCGGCCUCCCUCUAGCUCUCCGGGCGGGCGGCCGGCUUUUAAUUGGCAUCGAAGAAAUGGGCAGGGCCGCGCCGGCAGCCGACGGAGGAGACGACCUGAAGUCGUCGUGGCCGGAGGUGGUGGGGUGGGUGACGCUGAACGCGGCGUUCAAGAUCAGCAGCGACAGGCCCGACGUGUCCACCGACUUCUACAUGAUCCCCACCCCGCUGCCCAACGACUACAACCCGAGGCGCGUCAUCAUCGUCUGCGACGACCGGAGCGUCGUCGUCAAGACUCCCGUCGUCGGCUAGCCGGCCGCCACUAGUGCUUGCCUCUUGCUAGUUGCAUUAUUAUUGCAUGCUACCCCAACUAGCUUCA